GCCAGGAACUGUGACAGUGAGGGAACUGCUUUACUUAGAAGAGACUUCAUACCAUGGGGAAGUCAGCCUCCAGGCUUUUUUCUGAGGAGGUAAUGAAGGCUCAUAAUGAGUACAGGAGAAAACAUCAAGCCCCACCUGUAAAACUCAGCAGUAAACUGAGCCGCGAAGCAGCACGAUAUGCUGAGAGCCUUGCUAGCACCAGGAUUCUGAAGCACAGUGUUGAGUCUAGUAGAGGAAACUGUGGAGAAAAUUUAGCAUGGGCAUCUUAUGAUCAAACAGGUAAAGAUGUGUCUGAUCGCUGGUAUAAUGAAGUGAACCAGUACAACUUCAACCAGCCAGGAUUCUCCACUGGAACUGGUCACUUCACUGCAAUGGUGUGGAAAAGCUCAAAGAAACUUGGUGUGGGUAAAGCUGUGGCCUCAGAUGGUUCUACGUUCGUAGUGGCACGUUAUUUCCCUGCCGGCAACAUUACCAAUCAGGGCCACUUUCAGGCCAAUGUCCUGCCCCCUAAAAGCUGAAUCAAAUGUAUCUGGACACGAUAAGGAGGGUGGUGACUGAAAGAGAAUGGGAAACAGCUGAAAUUGGAGAGACUUUUAACUGAAGGACAAAAUGCAGCGAUGGUUGGCUUUAGUACACAGAUCUUACUUGAAUAAAGAGCUUCUAUCUUUACAUUUUCAGGCUUUUAUUAACUUGAAUAUAAAGAGGCUUACGUUAAACUAAAAUGUUGAAGCUAAUCCUAGUUAUAUAGCUAACUUUUGGAUAAAACUAAAGUUUCAUAGUGGAAAGGUUAUUGUGUGCCUGUUUGUGCAUGGGUGAUGUCAGCAUAACAGUAUUAGAAAUGUUUUUUUUUCAUGAAUGAAGCAGACGUUAUAUUCACGUACGACCACUGCACGGAAAUCUAAUGUUUCUUUGGGAUGCAGGUGAAUGUGAAAAGAAGUGUGUGACUCCACAGGACAUUUAAGUGCAUGAAAUGUUGCAGAAAAAAGUUUUGUUAAUGUUCAUCCCUCUAUAUCAUAGAUAGACUGAUAAUUGAGCAUUAUUACUUUG